AUGUUUUCGCCCGCUAUAUUUAAUGCAGUGUUAUUUAGUGUUAUAGUGUUCCAUAUAGCCCAAGUACGAUCUGGUUUAUCAGCCGAAGAAGUACCCGGAAAUCCAAGGGCAGCCCAACUUCUUCCCACCGCCUGUCGCAAUGGGUUAAAUGGCAGUGCCGCUGGUCCGGAAAUCCAUCUUCCAUUUGUGGAUAUGAUGGUGCGCCACGAAAUGCCACUCUUUGUACUCCGCGAACCGGAAGAGGAUUUACUGCUGCUGCUCCAUGGACCCGAGAUUUUCCAACUGCACGUGGCCACCGGCGAGCGACGUCUGGUGCCCCUUGGCAGUUUGGCGGGUCAGGUGAAGGAUCGCAGGGCGCUCGGUGCAGAAAUCGUGGCCUGGCGGCAGUUUCUGCUCCUUUCCAUCGUCCUGGAGGAUUCGCUGGAGGUGUACCAACUGCCCAAGGACCUGCUGCUCUCCGAAGAUCCCGCCACGCAACUGAGUUUCGAGCCCCUGCAGGAGUUCUCGCUGCCAGGAGGAUUCCUUCAGCUCCACCUACUGAAACCCAGCGCCGAACAGGUGCUCCUGCUGGUGGCCUCCAAUCAUACCAGGUCGCACAGCAAGUGCAGAACAUUUGAGUGGCUGGACACUUACUUUAAUCCCCUCGAGGAGAUCACUUUACCCGCCAUUCGCGCUCUCCAAGUGGUCGGUCGUCAGCAGCUGUACAUUAUUUUUGGGCGAUCUUUAAGGGGCUCUCAAUCGAAGAUGGUGCUCACUGUCUACGAACUGGAUAGGAGCACCCGCACUUUGCAACAUCGCCAGGCCCUGACGGUUCAGGCCCAAAGUGUCCAGGCUGCUAGAUUCCGUGGCCGGAACUGCCUGAUCGCCUGCAGUUCCUCAUCAUCCGCCAACUGCAUUUUCUUCCGCAUGGUGGAUGGUCAAUUUGUGGUCUAUCGAAAGCAUGCUCGCAGGGAUCUGAGUUUCCAUCGGUUGAGUGCCACCAAAAGGGGUGAGCUCCUAAUUGGAGCCCGUUCCAAUGGCGAGGUGAUCGUCUUCGGCUCAACCCGUCUGGAUUGCUUUAGUGGAUUUCAGGUGGUUGGAGAAUCGGAACCGAGUGGCCUUCUAACCCAUCGAAACGCGAGAAACGAAAGCUUUCUGCUGUUGGCCUAUCGAGGAGCCACCAGCGAUCUUAUUCGAACAGUACAGCUGGGUAAAUUGGAGGAAACCUCCAAUCAAGUGGGCGCUGCUCCGGAAGAAGAUCUUAGUGUGGUCCAAUUGCAUCGUCACGAAUUCGAAGAGUCCAUCAAUGCCUUACGUGGGCUGCUCCUGCGCCGUCGUUCCCCGCUGGAAACCCUGAGAAACCUGAUCAACUCCUUGAAGCUGAGAUCUGUUAUUCACCUGGAGAAACCACUGCAUCUCCAUGAAAAAGGACACAUUGAACGGCUCCAGCUGGUGGACGAUCAGCUGCGCACUCCCACUCAAUUGAAGCAGCGUCUGGAGGAGCUUCGUCAGCGAUAUGAAUCCAGGAGAACCACAAGAUCUUUUGGGACAGCCAAUGAAAAUGAUGCCGGAGAUAAACUCAAAGUGCGACGAUUGCGAGUGGGUAACCUCAUCUACCAGGGACAGUUGAUGCCAGAUCACAUCCUGGAUACUUCUGAGCCACCUUUGCUGACCAUCAGAAACAGUCGACUGCUGACCAAAACACUAAAAACGAAGCAACUAUUGACCCCGCAGGAUUACCACAACUCCAGUGCAUCCCCGAUUCCUAAACAGCCCACUACUAAUCGCAGUGAAUGUGUAGUGCGUCACCUGAAUAUCGAACAGAUCAAUGGAGUGAUUUGGAAUGACUUUUUGGACUCCCUCUUCCUGCGCAGCCGCGACACUCGGUUAAGUGGAAAACUGGUGAUGCAAUCGAGAACCCGGGUGAACAGUCUAAAGACGACUCUGCUCAACGGACUGGUGGUGGAUCGUCUCUUUAACCUGCGACGUGCUCAGGUGAUCAGUUCGGAUAUCUAUAUGUCUGCCUUUUUUGCCCCUCGUCUUGAGGCUCGGCGGGUGAAUGGCUUGGAUUUUGCUCAGGAUGUCCUCUAUCGCGGUGGCAAUGCUAGCUGGGUGAAGACUCCUGUUCGCAUCAAUCAGAUGAGUGUUUCGGGUGACAUUGUGGUGGCCAAUCAGGGUAAAUUCAAGAAACAGUCUAGACAACCCGAAGAAUCAGAGGAGCAACGUCUGCAGCAGUACUACACGGGCAGGGUUACGAUCCGUGGCUCACUGACGGUCAGAAAUGUUCAGAGGGAUACGGCGAACUCACUCGUAGUGCUGGGCAACCAAUCUCUGGCCAAGAAUGAUCUACAUUCCAAGUACCUCCUCAACCAGACGCAACAGAACCUCUCCAAUUUGACCUUUGGAGAUGCCAGAGUCAGUGCUCCUUCACUGACCACCAACUUCAUUGAAGGACAUCCCGUAAGGGAUCACCUGCUCAGCGGUGGACAGCAAAACAUUCACACCCAUCCAAAUCGCACUCUACACAUCAUUUUCAUGAAUGCCACCGUACAGGGUGAUAUUAUUUGCAGGGACUACGUCUCCCGGUUGGCGGAGAUCGCCAAGGAUGCAGUGCGUCAUGGACAGGAGGCCAAUAUCACGGGUCACAAGCGCUUCCAGGCACCUCUAACCGUUCAAAGCAUUCGAACCGAUCAAAUAAAUGGGUUACCCAUAACCCAACUGGUACUCAAAUCGAACAUCACCCAGAAUUUCAAGGGAACGAAGAGCUUUGCCCGCUUGGUGGUGACGGAAGAUCUAAAGGUUCGGAAGCACUUGAAUGUGAGUCGUCUUAAUGGAUUGCCACUGCAACAGCUUCUUGGUCAUGAUGUUAGCCUGCAGCGUCUCGAACUGACGGAAAUGCCACAUCUGGAGAACCUCCACUUCCGGCGACUCAAUGGAUUGCCCUUCGAUGAACUGCUGUCCACGAUCUCCGAGGGAAAUGACCAGCCGCUACUGCUCCACAAGCAACUGCUUAUCGAGGGAAAUGUGCGAUUUGAAAAGGCUCUGCAGCUGCAGGACAUCAAUGGAAUCCACUGGGAGGAUUACCUGAGUCGCCUGGUAAGACCCGAUGCGAAUGCUGAGCUGCGGGGAAGGAAGACCUUCCUGGCGGAUGUCCAACUGAACGAUGCUCUUCAUACUCCCCACAUAAAUAAUCUGGAUCUCAGCUCCCUGCUAGAUAAUACCCUGCUACGAAUGACACCCCAGCAAAUUAGUGGAGUCUACAGCUUCGAGCGAAUGAUGGCCACCAAUGUGGAUGUGAGCCGAAUAAAUGGGGUACCAAAGGAAGAGUUUAUAGACACACGGAAGGAUUUGGAACUGAAGGGGGAUCUCUACCUGAAGCAGCUCAACAUCAGUGGCAGCCUAAAAGGCACCUUUGCCAAGGACCCAGGACUAAGUGAUCUUAAGGAAAGAGUAAAGCGAGUGCAGCAACUUCCCUGGCGGAAUCUAAUAGUCACCGUCGAUGCUCUGUGGGAUGAAGGUGCAGGCCAAUCCCAAUCACCACUGGAUUAUCUCCGCCAGCAUGCCGUAAGAAAGGUGGGAAAUCAGACGAUUACAGGACAUGUGCUCCUAAAAGAACCCCAUUUCAAGAACCUCCAAAGCGAGCAGUCCCUGCCCAUCGAACUCAACCUUACUUACUUGGCCGAAGAUGCCCUACUGCGACGGAGUGCCACCAACGAAAGCCAGGUGAUCCUGGCUCCCCAGAAGCUGCUGGGAUUAGUUAGGGCCGGAAGCCUGCAUCUCGAAAAGGAUGCACACUUUGGGCUGGUGAACGGAAUCGAUAUUGAACGACUCAAUGCCUCACUGUACCGCCUCUCCAGUGGAGAAGCCAUUGCAGCGGAUCUUCACUUCCUGCAGUCGCCCCGGAUUGGUAAACUUCAACUGGAGGUUCCGGAAGUGAAUGGGCAUCCAAUUGAGAGCAUUUACCAGCAGGGCAAAGGGCAAUCCUGGCCAGCUGUGAGGUUCAAACAACUGGUCGUUGAAAAGGAUCUCAACCUGGGAAGUGUAAACGAGAUGAGUCUGGACUACUUCCUGCAGCACCGCAUAACCUUGAGAGGACCUGCUUUGGAGGUAUUUGGAUCCCUGAGCUUCGAACAUCUCCAGUUGGACGGUCGACCGCUCCUUCGUUCCAUCAAUGGCAUUCCGUUGGACAAUGUGGUGUUUCGACACAGCAAUCAGGCGCAGAGCAUCACGGGUGUGAAGACCUUUCAUGGAGGUGUGCACUUCACAGGACCCGGACAUGUGAUGAAUCUAAAUGGUCGGGAUCUUAGCGACAGCUUUAGGGGCAGCAUCUUCCGCAACAGAGACUACAAUAUCGAUAGUUUGGUUCUUGACAGAGCCAGCUUCCCAGGAGGUCUUGUUUUGGCGGGAAGUCAGAGUCCCAGUCGAAUGCGAACGAUGGAGGUCCCUCAAGAAAAUCAGUUGGAGGAAUUGCAGGAGCUUUUAACAUUGGGUAAUCAAAGCUCUUACAAGAGACUUCUUUACCUCGACCAUGAUCUUGAAACUCUGGAAUCUACUUGGGUGAAACCGCCGCUAAGGGGAUCUCCCGAGGAUCCCGAGGCUAACCUUCCCCUAGGCGACGCUGCUCCCUGUCAGCGUCGCAGUUUGCAGGCUCAUCUUCGGAUCUCCCAGCGCCUUGUGCUCCUCGCCAAUGUCAGUGUGUCCAGCCAACUAAUGCGACUCAAUUCCGGCAAUGUCCGUGUCAAAGUGCAGAACCACUGUCACCUUCCAGCCAGGAAAUUGCGCAGUAGGAUUAGCCUUAGUUGCCGCAACGAAUCGCAUGUGCUCGCAAUGCGUCAACCUGUGGAGGCAAUGGAACUAAUAACCCGGGAAGGGGAGGAGAUCCUACUUUUGGGCACCGAGGAGGAGGUUCGUGUCUUGCGGCUGAAGGGGAGUAACUGCAGUCUCAUCGACUGGCAAUCCAUCCUCCCAGCGGAUGGUCGUCUAAUGAAGGUGAUCCAAAUGGAGAUUGAACCUAACGAGGAUCUACUACUCACCAGUGGUUUGAGCAAUCAUCGUCCUGUGCUGGCCAUUCAUGUGAGGGAUCUCGCGAGUCAGAACUUCAAAUUGAUCCAGUUGAUACCGGGCUCUUACGAUUUGGCCGAGAUGCAGGGAAAUCAAUUGCUAGCCAGCUGCCUGGGUUGCCGACACGUAGCCAUCUUUAAACGAAACCAAACCCUCUUCGAAGCCAUCCAGCAAUUGAGUUUCCAGGAGCGCAUCCAUCAGCUAACCCCGUUUAAUGUGGGAGAAGAGCAAUAUCUUCUGGUGAUAACGCAACCCGAGGAGGAUCACUUUUACCUCUUCGUCUACAAUCAAGUGGGCGGUUGGCAGCAACGCACAUUUGGCUCUAAAAAUCAAUACCAGUGGGCGUGGCCAUUGGUGAAAUCUGGUCAAAAACUGGAGGCGGUAGAGAGCCCAAUUAUGCUGCUCUGCGGAAGGGAAAAGAAAUGCAGUCUAGUGAAAGCCCUACUUGGCUAAAAUC